UCAGCAUUGCGGUCGUUGCCGUAGCCCCCUAAUCUAUAGCGAAAAUGUGCGAGAAUUACACAAUAAACUACUACGAGAAUGUCCUCGACAUUAAACAGAUUAUAGAGCAGACCAAUCUGCAGUGCAUGGAUGAGGCCCUAAACAUAUGUGAUCUCAGCGGAAUUGAGCGAAAGUAUCAGCUCUGGCAAAGCCUGUUGCCUCGCAUAACACCCUACUAUGCGGUCAAGUGCAAUGACGACCCAUUGGUUGUAAAAACUCUGGCCAACUUGGGUGUUGGCUUCGAUUGUGCGUCGAAAAAUGAAAUCAAGCAGGUGCUUAGCAUGGCUGUGGACCCCGAGCGGAUUAUAUUUGCCAAUCCCUGUAAGCCUGUUAGCCAUUUGGAGUACGCACAACAGCAAGGAAUAACAACCGGCACUGUGGACAAUGAGUUUGAGAUUUACAAGCUCUUUAAACACUAUCCCUCUUCAAACUUGGUGGUACGUUUUCGUAGCGAGGCAAAGGCCGCCCAAUGCCCUCUUGGAGAUAAGUUUGGCUCCGAAGACGUCUCAACAUUGAUGCUGCUGGCAAAAAGUCUAGACUUAAAUGUUACCGGCACUAGUUUCCACGUGGGAUCCGGUUGUAGCGAUUUUCCGGCUUACGAACGCGCCAUUAAAACGGCCAAAAAUAUUUUUAAGUUUGGAGAGUUGCUGGGAUACGAUAUGGAUUUGCUGGACAUAGGCGGCGGUUUUUCUGGUGACAACGAUGACAACUUUAAGGAGAUAGCGACCAUUGUGGACCAGGCUGUACAAAAACAUUUUCCCGAAGAGUCAAUAAAAAUAAUAUCGGAGCCCGGACGUUUCUUUGUGUCCGCGGCCUACACACUGGUGUGCAAGAUCCAUGCAAAGCGCGAAGUUCGAAACAAGGACGGCAAGUUGGACACCAUUAUGUACUAUCUAAACGACGGGGUGUACGGCUCCUUCAAUUGCAUACUUUACGACCACCAGGUGGUGACGGCGCAGCACUAUUUGGAUGAUGACACUGACUUGCCAAUGUUUAAGACCCUCAUAUGGGGACCCACUUGUGAUGCGCUGGAUAAGAUUUCGGAGGAACUCUAUUUGCCCAACUUAAAUAGAGGGGAUCUGCUCGGUUUUCCAAACAUGGGGGCAUACACGGUGCCCGUGGCCAGUCCUUUCAAUGGCUUCCUGCAGCCCAAGACACUCUACUUCCAAUGUCGCGCUAUAUGACUGAAAAAGCUAUACUCAUAUCCGAAUAAAAACAUAUGCCGUUUAGUAACCAA